CCAGGUGAGUUCUGACCACAGCAGAAGAAAGCAGGGACAUUCUCUCCAGGCCAGUAUACCAGUGUGCAAGGUCAACAUGGAUGGUCCUUGCUUUGGAGGGAUGUCCAUGUGGCAGCUGCCAGCCCUGAUUCUUCUAUCCAUUGCCACCAAGGCAUUCCAGAGCAGAAGAGAACCCCUGGGGAGGCUCAUGGGUUCCACGGGUUCUGCGGGUUCCAUGUGAUGUCAUACUGCUCCGCCCACAUUGGAAGUGGCCUGGAGACGGGCGCUUGUGACGUCAUGAGCUCCGGGAGAAUGCAGCCAUGGGAGAGGUAUCUGGAGCCACGAGGAGGAUGAGAUGGCUCCUCUUUGCGCUCCAGAUCUUGGCCACGGCCUGGCCCAGCCACGCCAUAGUUGAUACUUGCGAUGUUUGUGGGAGGCGUCCGCUGGCUCCUCACCACGACAAGAACGCACCCCUGCGGGGCGGGACGAGCGCCGUGCCUGGGUCCUGGCCCUGGAUCGUCAGCUUGCAACUGCCAACCAUUACUGGGCACAAGCACACCUGCGGAGGGUCUCUCAUCUCAGCCCGGUGGGUCCUCACGGCUGCCCACUGCUUCGGCAACAAAAGGAAUCUCCCACACUGGCGUGCAGUCAUUGGCGCGUCGAAGCUCUCGUCCCUUGGGGCAGAGGUCCAUGUGCGCUUCAUCAAGCAAGUGGUGAUACACGAGGACUACAACCCAACCACGGAGGUCAAUGACAUUGCCCUCAUGGAGCUGGACCAGCCCAUCAUGUGCAGUGACUACAUCCAGCCGGCGUGCGUGCCCAGCGGCAACAUCAAGGUGGCUCCUCUGCAAUACUGCUACAUCGGUGGCUGGGGUGUCAUGAGAGAGCAUGCCACUCCUGAAUAUGAAGGCCCAACUCAACCCGAGACUGAAGUUCCAGAGUCAGAGCUUCCUGAGGUGCUAUCUCAAGCUCCUGCUGCUGCUGCACCUGAAGAAACCCAGGUCCCCAAAGGAGCAAAUGGCACUGUGGCUACCUUCUUCAGGCUGCUCCAGAAGUUCUUGCGGCACACGAGGAAAGGCAAAAGUGGGAAAUUGCCCAAACUGACUGAGGUGGAAAUCAUAGAGGAAGUAAACAUGUCUCCUGACAAGGACGUGAAACUGUCCUCAAGCGCGAAGCUGCCCGUGGUGGAUAAAGGCCCUUGUAAAAAAGUGCAAAAGCCCCAAAUAGUUUUAAAACGCAAGUGCAACACGAGAGUUGCUAAGUCUUAG